AUGACUUUUGACUGUGUCCCUUCAGUUUGUGGCAAUGCACCUCUCAACACAAAGAUCGUAGGAGGUCAGGAUGCUUCUUCGGGGUCAUGGCCCUGGCAGGCCAGUCUGCAAUACAACAGCGGACAUAUCUGUGGAGGCUCCCUGAUCAACAACCAGUGGGUCAUGACAGCUGCUCACUGUGUCUUCAGUGGGUCCAUCCAAGGAAACUUUCGUGUCUACCUGGGACUUCAGACCCAGCAAGGAAUCAAUGCUAAUACAGUGUCCCGGUCAGUGUCCCAGAUCAUCGUACAUCCAAACUACAACUCACCGCCAAAUGAUAACGACAUAGCCCUGUUCCAGCUGUCCUCAUUGGUUUCCUUCAGCAACUACAUCAAACCUGUGUGCCUGGCAGCACCUGGCAGCGUCUUUGCAGCUGGGAAAAACUGCUGGAUCACUGGUUGGGGAAAUACUCAAACUGGUGUUCCCCUUCCUUCACCUCAGACAUUGCAGGAGGUGAGUGUUCCCAUUGUGUCCAACAGUGACUGUAACAAUAACUACGGUGGUGGAAUCACAAGCAGCAUGAUGUGUGCUGGUCUGACUCAGGGAGGAAAGGACUCCUGUCAGGUGAGUUUCUCUACAAAACACAAUCUCAUCCACUAAUAACAGAUUUAAACUGCACUACUCAGUAUCUUUAUAUUAACAGGCCAAUGACUGUUUAAUGUAAGAGGUAGUUAACUCACCCUGAUCAAUUGAAGUGUUAUUUAAUGAAACCACAAGACAGCAAAUGUCUCUUUAAUGAAACCGAUAAAGUAACCAGUGACUAGAGUGCCAUAGUAAUGGGUCCUAAAACCCAGAAAUAAGCUAGCAGGUUUGCACUUCCAGUUCCCUCAGCCUGAAGUCUACGGUUUUUAUGUCGAUGGCGUUAUGUUUUCAGGUUGUUAGUCUGUCUGGCUCAUUCUUAUG